AUAACUGAAGUGCUGAAUUUCGCUAUACGUCAAAUAAGUGAGAUUGAAGCAAACAUUGUCGCUGUAGAAAGGAUUGAUGAGUACACGAAUACGCCAACUGAAGAAUCCACCACAUUCAGGUACCGUGAAGGACUCGAUCUUGUUUUGAAAGGGAUUUCAGCUGAUGUAAACGAAGGUGAAAAGAUAGGAAUUGUUGGUCGUACCGGAGCAGGCAAAAGUUCUUUCGCCCUUGCUCUCUUCCGUCUUAUCGAACCUUCAUCUGGUAAAAUCGUUAUUGAUGGAGUCGACAUCUCCGAGAUUGGCCUCCACGAUCUACGUAGCAAUAUUACAAUAAUACCUCAGGAUCCCGUGCUAUUUUCGGGCACACUUCGAUUCAAUUUGGAUCCAUUUGAAAGAAACACUGAUGCUGAAAUAUGGAAAGCUUUAGAACUAGCUCACUUGAAGCUCUUCAUUGCUAGUCUACAAGGUGGGCUUGAUUACGUGAUCAGCGAAGGAGGAGAAAACAUCAGUGUUGGUCAACGUCAACUGGUGUGUCUUGCACGUGCAGUGCUGCGGAACGCGCGCGUACUUGUCUUGGAUGAAGCAACUGCUGCUGUCGACGUAACAACUGACUCACUGAUACAGAUAACCAUUCGUCAGCAGUUCAAGCACAGUACUGUAUUCACGAUAGCGCAUCGCUUGAAUACCAUCAUGGAAUAUGACAGGAUCAUGGUGCUGGAUAAUGGUCGAAUAAUCGAGUUUGACUCACCUCAGACAUUGUUGAUGGAUCGUGAUUCAGCUUUCGCAAAAAUGGUCGAAGACUCGGAAUCCGAGUCGAAGCGAGCAUAG